GAUGAAAUGUACGAGUUGUGUUGAGAUGACUUGAAUCCAACCGUUUUGGUGUUUUGGUUGAAUUCUGGGUUGUUGUUGUUUUUCUUAUUCACACACCGUUGAAAAUUGGCAAGUUGUGCCAUUGGGUAGUUCUGAUUUGGGCCACUUUUGUCACAAGUAUUUGACACAGGUGACUCUUACACAAUAAAACUCUAGCCAGCCAGCAAAUUUCCUAUAGUUCCCAGCCAAGGUUUCUUUUUUGCUGUCACAAGGUGGUGUCUAAUGUUUUUACCUCACUGUAAACACUGGAUUCUGUGGAACAAGUAGCGUGUGUAUUUUCUGUAAGAAACUGCCAUUACUGUUACUUGUUUCAUGGACAUGACAACAUAAGUCCAUGGUAUCACAGCUAACUUAAUCCUCUCUCUCUCUUUCUCUCUCUUUCAUUUUCUUUUAUAUUUCCCUCCCCUUUUGGUGCCCUUGUGUUAUAAAUGAUAUCGCCUCUAACCUGAUGCUUUUUGUCCACGUGACUUGGUGCUGGAUGGCUACUGAGUUUAUUAAUUUGGUUUUGUAUGUUUUUUUCUGUGUGAUUAUGUGUGCAUAUCAGAUGACUAGACUGGCCCAGCUGUUACACUACACUAGCCUGAGUCAGGCAUUGUUUUCCAAGCCACUAUCCCCGAUCGGGCCAACGCAGCCUUCAAGGGGGAAUGUGACCAGGAGAAUAGCCUGCUGAGCCUUCCAAGAUGGACACCUUGUCUCUUUUUAUUUAUUUAUUAAUUUUUUUCUUUUGGUUUGUUUCCUUUCAUACUUUCCCAUGUUGUCCACUCUCUACUGUCUCUAUCUAGAAACUACAGUAUUGCUUAUCUCUAGCUUUGUGUUUAUAUUUGUUAUUUUGGUUUGUUGUUUUGAUUAUUGUCCAACCCCCCACCCCCCUCUCUCUUUCUGCUACAGCUGCAGCUUGUGUGUGAUUGAAUUCUGUCCAGGUUGCUACGGCAUACCGGUGGGAUGUGUAUCACACAUGGGAUGCUAGGAGGAUCACUAACACUUUACUCUCUUGUCACCUACUCCUGUUGACAUAGUGAGGGGCUAGACAUUGUGAAAUGAUGCAGCCAUUGGGGUUAUCUUGUGUUGCACACCUUUCCAACACUGCGAAACGAUCGCCCCACGGAAAAGCGCCCAUGCUUGAUAUCGUAUGGUUCAUGACCAAUAUGUUUCCAGUACAGGGAAAAUCCCAGAAGAGGCCAAGGCCUUGUCGCUUUUGGCCCCUGCCGCCCCAGUACCUAGUCUGAUUCCUGGUGGGGGACUUCUACCAAUUCCUACUCCAGCUCCGCUUCAGAAUCUGAACCUUCCUGUAGUGAGUAGGCUGACAGCGGCUCUGGAACCUGCAGCGUCAGCUUCAGCGUCAACGUCGGCUUCAGCGUCAGCGUCAGCGCUCGCCCAGCCCCCCCUCAUGGGAAAUGUGGAUCCCUCAAAGGUCGAUGAGAUCCGGAGGACCGUCUAUGUUGGCAACUUGAACUCACAGACCACCAACGCAGACCAGCUGUUGGAGUUCUUCAAGCAGGUGGGCGACGUGAAGUUUGUGCGAAUGGCUGGAGAUGAGACUCAGCCGACACGCUUCGCCUUCGUGGAGUUUGUUGAGCAGGACUCAGUCAACAGAGCCCUGACCUUCAAUGGAGUCAUGUUCGGAGACCGACCUCUGAAGGUUAAUCAUUCCAACAACGCCAUAGUGAAACCCCCGGAGAUGACGCCACAGGCUGCUGCUAAGGAGCUGGAGAGUGUGAUGAAGAGGGUGAGGGAAGCCCAGUUUACCAUUGCUGCUGCCAUAGAUCCAGCGGACAUUAAGGAGGCUCCUACCACUCGGUCGAGAAGGAUACGUCGCUCCCGCUCGAAGUCACGCUCUCGCUCACACUCGAGAAUGCACAGGAAAAGGUCCCGUUCGAAACACAGCAGACCGGCGCCAAAGUUGUGGCCGAGGAAUGACUCCCACAAUUCCCGAAGCGGCCACAAGAGGCGCUCUCGCUCCAGAGACAAGAAACACAGUCGCAGUCGCUCAAGAGGCCAUAGGAGGAAGAGUAAGGAUCGGUCCAGGAGCCCCCGAAGGAAAGCAAGAUCCCCCUCCCCAAAAAGAAGUAAGAAAGACAAGAAGAGGGAGCGCAGCAGGGACAGAAAGGAGCGCUCCACAUCCAGGAAGAGAAGCCGCAAGGACGAGGACAGGAUGAAGAGCAAGGCCAAGCCAAUGAAGGUGGAAAGGGACUAUGACAGAGAAGAAAAGGAAGACUAUGAAAGUGACAGAGAAGACUCGGUCCCACUCAGUGAGGACAUGAUGUCAUCACCCUGCACCCAGCAUAACGGCAGCUACAAGACUCACAAUGAGGAGUUUGCAUCUAUGGGUGCGGACGGCACCAAGUGACUAUUCCAACACUAAGGAAACGAAUCCUUUUCCAUGAAAUGAUCUCAGCGUCCGUCACGUGCGUAUAACCUCAUGAACGCCAGAUAACCACUUACAACAGCAUGUCUUUCACUUCAUCAUCUCCUGGUGUACGACCUCAUUUUUACAGCUCAUUCACGGAGCCUGUUAUUCAGCUAAUUUUCCGUAUCCCACUUAAAGGGCAAAUGAGCACUCGGUACAGCAGAGAUACCGCCACCACCUGGUUAGUAGGGAAGCAGAAGGUUAUUUAACGUUAUAGUGCAACACUAAAUACCACGUGCUCAGAAACCGGACAUUAGAAGUGUUUGUUGCAUAUUGAAAUGCAUAAUAUUAUGCAAGUGAUAUUGUGUCUCCGCCUCCUGUAUGUGUUCGUCACUUGAAGAACUGAAUGCUUGUUCUUUUCGCAUAGAUACUAAAACUGUAGUCGGCUACCACAGCAGACGAUGUGCAGCUGUGGAGCAAAGACAACUCCUCGUAGUCUCAACAAUAUGACGCCAGAUUUAAAUUGUAGCUUCGUCCCUGCUCACAUGGAUAUUACCUGGUGGAUCAUCUUGACUCUUUGAUUCU